AAUAACUAACUCUUUACAAUACAUUUAUAGAAAAUAUAUUUUUAACCAUAAGUGUAUUAACAUUUUUAUAUUGUUUGCUUUCAUGUUCACACUUAAUCUAUGUAUUAUUAAAAUUCCAAUACUAUAUUCUGGUUUUGUCAGGCAUCUGCAAAGACACAUUCCCGCUCGCUUACCGCUGCAGGCAGAGCAUUUUGUUGUGAGUGUUGUUUACGUGGAUCCCGAUUGCGAUCAAGCUGAAAAUAUAGUUGAAUAUACAUUUACCCAAAAGUGGACUCCCGUUAACGUAUUUAAAGCUGCCCUGUGGGAAGUUGCUGUAAUGGCUCUUCGUCCAGAGAAAGCCUCCGAGCUGAAACAAAUCAUUCACAGCCAUCUGAUCAAGAUGGAUAUUCAUGGGAAGAUCCGAGAGGUGCUGUCUGAGACUUUGAGGAAUGAUCAAGGUACUGCACAUCAAGUGUUAUCUGAGGCAGACUUCCUCCAUGCACUGCAGCGCAGGGGCAUCAUAGAUGACGUGAUGAAGGACCUACACUUUUCUCAGGUAGCACCUAGCCAUAUGGAAACACGAUCUCCUCCAAAAUCCACCCCCCAGUUGAUUGACGAAGAAAACAUUCGGCUGACAAAAACCAAUAUUGACCCAUCCAGACGUUACCUGUAUUUGCAAGUACUUGGUGGUAAGGCCUUCUUGGAGCACCUUCAGGAGCCUGAGCCUUUACCUGGUCAGGUGUGCCCAACAUUCAAGUUAUUCCUGCACUUCCGAAAUCAGAGAUUUCACUCCAAGCCAGUGCCCUGUGCCUGUGACCCUGACUUGCAGGAGGGCUUCCUGUUCCAGAUCCACAUAGAUGGCACAGGAGAGGGAAGUAAGAUGGCAGAUGCAACUACUAUGCUGUCCAUUUACGAUCCAGUUCACUUGGUGCUGAUCAAGACUGACACCUCCAGUGAGACGACGUUGGUCUCAUCCUACUUCCUGGACUGGAGGACAGUCCUUAGUUCACCUAGUGGGAAGACAUGCUUGGCUGUGGAACUGAUGGGAGUGGGAAGUGAAUGCAAGUUGCCGGCUGGUGUUUUGACAGUCAGUCUCGAAUUCUAUCCUCCACUCACAGAGACACUGAGCACUGACAUCAUCAGCACACAGCAAUCUCUAGAAAGACAGAGGACAGCAGAGAGGGAGAGGAUCUUCCUGGUUUAUGCCAAACAAUGGUGGAGGGAGUUUCUUGAAAUCCGGUCAACAAACCAGUCCAAAAUGGUCAAAAUCUUUGCACAGGAUGAAAAUGGAAUCAACAGACCGGUGUGUUCCUAUGUGCAUAUCCUCCGGGCCGGCCGGCUGCUGGAGAGUCCUCGUCGGGCGGCCCGCUUUGUUAGCCUCCUGGCACAUGAGAAGGCCCCGUUGGUGGGAGGAGGAGAGAAGCAUGAGCAGUGGUGCACAUUAUUGGCUUUCCUGUGUCGAGGAAAGGGGGACUGUGAGGACCACUCUACCCUGUUGUGCAGUCUCCUGCUGGGAUUCGGCCUUGACGCAUAUGUGUGUGUGGGCACCAAAGCUAAGGGGAUACCUCACACUUGGGUCCUGACCCGAGGUACCGAUGGAAGUAUAACUUUCUGGGAGAGCCUGACCGCACACAGAUAUCUUCAUCAAGCCAUAGACCCAGAUGCCCCACCUCUGGCCCCCCAGCCCAAACCCUCAUACCCCUACCGCACUGUGGGCUGCGUCUUCAACCAUCAGAGCUUCCUGGCCAACUGUCAGCCCUCUGACGCUGUGGAACUUUGUGUCUUUGACCUCCAGAAUCAAUCUCGGUGGAAAGCAAUGAGUGACGAGGCUCUGAAGUCAGUGUGUGACUCUGGCUCCAUCAGCUCUCUGCCCCCGCUUCCUCCACUCAGCUCAUCAUCUCUCGAUGCUGCUGCUGUCAGCAAUCAGCUAGAGCUGGAGAUGAGAUACUUGAUCUCCGAGCAUAGGAAGGACUUGAACCUGACAACCGUCUGGGAUGACCACUUGUCCUACCUGCUGUCCUCAGCCUUGUCAGCAUAUGAGAUGGAGCGCUGCACUGGGGUCUCAUGUGGAAAUGAGGAAUUUCAGGAUGCAGUAAGGAGGGCUGUCCCGGAAGGGCACACCUUUAAAGGCUUCCCCAUCCAUUUUCUGCACCGCAAUGCCCGUAGAGCUUUUUCCACAUGCCUCAAGUCCCGAUUCUGUGAGGAGAUAGUGUAUUGUCGUGGUGACCAUGUGAGGCUGGCCCUACGUGUUCGGGUCUUUAUUUACCCAGAAAAUGUGUGCGCCGUGUGGUUCAUGUUUGCUUGUAAGUAUCGCUCUGUGCUCUGACAGCCUCAAGCUGCUGUGAUCUCAAAACUAAUCAAUUUACAGUACUGCGUAUUGCACAUUUAGACUUAAGGUUUUAAUAUAUACAAUAUUAUGACUGAAAAAGUAACAGGUACGUUUGAUGACGUUUUUAUGAUCAUACAGACAGGUUUUUGUCUGGCUGUCUCUGCUUUUUAAUGCUUUCCUUAUAUUAAAGUCCCAGAGACUUGCACAUUUUCACUAUUUAUAUACUUAUGUAAAUAAAUCUUUAUAUCAUUUAAUGAAUUUGUUUGAAACCUUUUAUGACUUACCACAAUUACAGUACUGUGAAAAGGCAUAGGCUCCCUUCUCAAAUUCUUAUAUUUUUGCAGUUUCCCCACUUUAAUGUUUAAGAUCAUCAAACAAAUGUAAAUAUCAGACAAAUAUAACCCUAGUGAACUUAAAAUGCUGUUUUUAAAAGAUUUCAUUUAUUAAGGAAAACAACUAUUCAAAGUUACCUGGCCCUGUGUAAAAAAGUAAUUACUCUCCCUGUUAAAUUCUGAAAUAAUUUUGGCUAAUCAAAUUUUUGGUACAUUUUCAUUUAUUACACCCAAGCCUGAUAACCUCCAGACCUGUUCAAUCAAGAAAUCACUUAAACAGAAUCUGUCCCGACAAAAUCAAGUCGGACAAAAGAUCUAAGAAGCUGUAACAAAAUGACACGAUCCAAAGAAAUUCCAGAACAGUCGAGAAAUAAAGGAAUUGAUAUUUAUCAAUCUGGAAAGGGUUACAGAAGCCAUUUCUAAAGCUUUAGGAUUCCGGCGAACCAUAAGGAGAGCCAUUAUCCUCACAUGAAGAAAACAUGGAACAGUGGUGAACCUUCCCAGGAAUGGUCGGCCUUCAAAGAUUACCCCAAGAGACCAGCAAAGACUCAUCCACCAAGGAACUUCAAAAGAACUGCAGGCCUCCCUUUCCACACUUAAGGUCGUCAGUGUUCAUGACACGACAAUAAGGAAGAGACUGGGCAAAAAUGGCAUCCAUGGCAGAGUUCCAAGGCGAAAACCACUGCUGGCCAAAAAGAACUUGACUUACUUUUGCAAAAAAACAUCUGAAUGAUUCCCAAUACUUUUGAGAGAAUAUUACUGUGUAUGCACUGACGAGAUGAAAGUUGAGCUUUUUGGCAGGUGUGUGUCUCGUUACAUCUGCUCCUUCAGGACCUGGACAACUUGCUCGGACUGAUGGAACCAUGAAUUCUGCUCUUUAACAGAAAAUCCUGGAGGAGAAUGUUCAGCCAUUAAUUUAUGACCUCAAGGUGAUGCGCACUUGGGUUCUGCAGCAGAAUAACGAUCCAAAAGACAAGAGCAAGCCAACAUUUGGAUGGCUUAAAAAAACAAAAUGAAGGUUUUGGAUUGGCCGAGUCAAAGUCUAGACUUGAAUCUAGGCUUUACACGAUCAGGAUUUUUGGGGCAGAUCACCGAUCAUUGAGUUUAAAAAAAAUAAUUAUAACCGAUCACUCGAUGGAGCAAUCUGUCUAUUUAAAUGACUUGUUUAUUUACUGUAUAUACUUGUGUACUGUAUACUGAGUACCUUCAAAAAUAUUCUCUAGUCAGGUCAUGUAUUCUAAUCAGUCAGAUCAAACCAACAUUACAACAUGACAGAAAUAAUGGGUGCUUACUGUAAUUAAAUUACUUUAUUGUAAUUAAAUUACUUCACACACACCGAAACUUUAGAGCAUGAUUCAACAUAACGCCGGCAUGUUUACGUACAACCGUUAGUGCUAGCACUAGCUUGCUGGGCUACAUAGCGUUUUGUUGGCUGCUGGUGAGCCUUAUCAUAUUAAAAGUACGUUAACAUACCUCAAGCAAUCCUUGAACGAAUGUCUUCUCCCGAGCACCGGUGACCACUACCACCACACGGUUUACCCCAUUUUGUUCUUUUUUGACCAACAGAAUACACGCACGCUCUAUUGUUCUUGUCAUGGCCGUGGUAACGAGUGUAUUCUGUGGCGUUUGAUUUGACAAAGCCCACUGAUGGUAAAUGACGACAAGGCGAAGAAUAUACUAGCUUUUGGAUUCAAAUAUACUGUAUACGACACCGACGUGGAGUGAAUGUCUUUUGCUGAGCGGAUCGGCGAAUUAUGACAUUAAAGCCGAUCAGCAUAAAAUAAUAAUUAUCGGCCGAUACCGAUCAAGCCGAUCAUAUCGGUGUAAAGUCUCCUUGAAUCCGAUUGAAAUGCAGUGGCAUAUCCUUAAAAAGGCCCUUCAUGCUCGAAAAUCCUCAUUUUUUUCUGAAUUCAAACAAUUCUGCAAGGAAGAGUGGGCUAAAAUAUCUCCACAGCGAUGUGAAACACUCACUGCCAGUUAUAGAAAACUUGAUUUCAGUUGUUGCUGCUGAGGAUGGGCCAACCAGUUAUUAGUUUUAGCGGGGCAUUACUUUUUCACACAGGGUCAAGUAACUUUGAAUAUUUUUUUCUCCCUUAAUAAAUGAAAUCCCCAUUUAAAAAAACAAAAAAAAACAACAACAAAAAAAACACCAUUUUAAAUUCACUUUGGUUAUAUGGUCUGAUAUUUACAUUUGUUUCAUCAUAUUAAAUAAAGCAAAAAUAUAAGAAUUUGAGAAGGGGCCACACACUUUUCACAUACACUGUGUUAUUAAAAAAACAACAACAAUACUUUAUAUCCAUAAAAUACAUUUAAACAUAUGUUCGAAAUUUAUAUCUACACAUAGAGUGUCCGUCCUGUGAAUAUUAGUGCUUUGUUUGAGAUGUAAAAUUGUUGCAGAAAUCUACUGAUUAUAAAAAUACAAGCAGACUCACAGCAGUGCAACAAUUCGUGUGCCUGCUGAAUUGUUAUACUUUAAAGUAAAGAGCAGACAGAUGAUUGAUGAGCAAUCAUUAAAUUAAUGAGGAAAAUGAUGUCCAUCAUAUACAGUGAUUUUUAAAAACACAUUUUCUAACAGACUUUCAUAAACGCAAUUACCAAAUUCAAAAUCCUCUGUGAAUUCUGCAUGAAGCCAAUAUUAAAUAACUGUGAAUGUGUAACUAUUGAGUGACGGAUCAAAUCUGAGCAUUGUAACACCUGUCUCCUACAGUAGAUGGCGUAUGAGGAUAAACUUGAUACUGUAUCUAGUCAGCUACAGUAUUUACCUAUAAAUGGUGCUCAUAGUACUUUCACUAAGUCAGGCCACUUUUAUCACGUCACCAGACCACGACAUUUAUUCCGUAGACAAAUGUCUAAUUGGCUGGCCUUGACUGGGAUCGGCUCCAUGACCCAGUUGACCUUCAGCUGGAUGAACUUAAGAUUUAUUAUCCUCAUUAAGCUUGAUUUAAAUCUUAAAUUGUUUAAAUGCUCGUCUUUUGGCAAAGUACUUAAAAAUGGUAUCCAAGUGUCAACAAUAUUAUAGAUGUUUGGAUGUGAUAUGAGUAAUAAUUGAUGAAUGAACUGAUUAUGGCGGUAUGGUGAUGACUGAUGAAUGGAUGAACUGAUUAUUUGAGUAAUCAACCCCCUGGGUCACACCUGACUGAGCAAUUUACAAAUAUAAAGGUAUAGGUGUAUAGGUAGGCAGAACACACACACCUAUUUGAAAAAGUAGUUAUUUAAAUAGUCUACAAUUAUUAAAAUUAAAUAUUUAAUAAAAUUUAUGUCUUCACUUGAGUUUAAAAUAUUUAAAAAAUAUAAAGCAUUGAAAGCUUUGUGGUUAAGUAUUGUGUUAUUGUCAAUGAAGUCUGGUCUUCAAUUAAAUACUUCAUUAGCUGGCUCACCAAUUUUAUUUUGACUAUUUUUAUUUUUUAUUUUGUUGGUCUGCUGCAUUGUUUUCCAUGAUUCCAUUGCACUGUGCUGUUUGAUGUUCAGGGGAAGUUCCUGACAAGCCAGGUCAAACUUCAAUAAGCAGCACUGUCAGGGUGCCCAAUUAAUUUCCAAUUUCUAGUUUCUAAUUUGCAAUUCUGCCUUUGCCCCAGAGUUGUUGAACACUAAGAUCAGUUGGGAGGCUGGAAGAGAGAAAACGAGAGCUAAUGAAUAAUUUGACUUCUCCUGAAUUAAUCACAAACACACCUAAGCUCCACAGGAAGAAUAUAUAGCUCCGGAAGUGUUUGAUGCUGGGAAUGCAGGUUUGUUUUCAGCUCAUAUAAAUCAGCAGUGCUGAGGUGUAAUUGACUAAUGGGGCCUGCGGGAUAGCAGCUAAAAUGGGAAGUAGGGGGAACGCAGGUUCCUAUCAUAACCAUCACUCGCCGCCUGACAGUGCUGCUGGCAUGCAGCACUUGCAUUCCUGAGAGACAUCUGUGUGUUAGCACCACCUUUAAUUCUGAUGCACAUUUGUGAUGACUAUAAAAUGGCCAUAUGCCAGGGGCCUUUUACUGAAACGUGAAAAGGUCCAGUUCCUCAAGCCAAGCGCCACAUCAUUCUAAUGUAUAGCCUGCAUUGUAAUUUAGUCCUGAAUAUUUUGUCCUCGCCAACUUACUGUCGAAUAAAAGGUAUUCCAACUUGGAUUCAUCAAUAUUUUUUCAUAUUAAAUAAAGUUUAUGUAAUUUUA